AUGAUCUAUUACGAAGCUACCGGCCAAGUGCAAGUAGCAGCUGGCCUCUGCAAAGUGUUCCGCAUCAAAGUCGGAGUCCAUCAUAGGUCGGAGCACUCUCCAUUACUCAUCAUCACAGUGAUGAACGCAGUAACUGAGGGCCUCAAAAGACAACUGCAAUGGACUCACUUCUAUGCGAAAGAUGUGGUCCUGAGAGUAGGAAAAAGUGGUGCAGAGGUGGAAACCAACUGGAACGCACGGCUUAAAGCUCAACACAAAGGAGGCUGA